AUGAAAACUAUUAAAGGGAUUAUAUUCGAUCUUGAUGGUACUUUGACAUUACCAGUGAUGGAUUUUGGAUUACUUAGAAGAAACCUUGGAUUACAUACUACUACGAGGGAUGUAUUAGAGGCAAUUAAAGAUUGGACACCUGAACAACAAGUACAAGGACACAAGAUUAUACAUGACUUUGAAAUGGAUGCUCGUAACAAAUUGGUCAUUCAACCAGGUGCCAGCGAGUUGAUGCAAUUGUUAGAGACGUUGAAUAUUAAAAAAGCUAUUCACUCUCGUAACAAUCUAGCCAAUAUUACCUACUUUCAAGAUCAACUAGGUUAUAAAUUCGAUCCACUUGUCGGUCGUGAAAUAGAACCACCCAAACCAAAUCCUGCUGGUUGUCAACAUAUCAGCAAACAUUGGUUAAUUGAUGCAAAAGAUAUUUUAUUUAUUGGUGAUUCCAAAGAUGAUUUAUUAACUAGCAAAGCAUUUGGAUCAUGUAGUGUAUUAUUAGUGAAUGAACAUAAUGAUAAAGCAAAGGAAAUGGCAGAUCUUUGUGUCAAUAGUUUAGAAGAGUUUAGACAAUUAAUAGAAAAUGGAUUCUUCAUCGGUCAUACCGUUUCUGGUGGCGCCAAAAUUUAA